AUGCCGGGCCUAACAAUCGGAGAUACAAUCCCAAACCUUCAGGUGGAAAGCACCCAUGGCGUCAUCAAACUCCAUGACUUCCUCUCCAAUUCCUGGACCAUCCUCUUCUCUCACCCAGGUGAUUUCACUCCGGUAUGCACAACGGAGCUGGGGAAGAUGGCGGCUUACGCGCCGGAGUUCGAGAAGCGAGGGGUGAAGCUCUUGGGGUUAUCCUGUGACGACGUGGUGUCCCACGUCGAGUGGAUCAAGGACGUCGAAGCCUUCACCGUGAGCAAUCAAUAUCCCCUAUCGCCAAGGAGCAAGGUGACAUACCCAAUCAUCUCGGACCCGAACAGAGAGGUGAUAAAGCAGCUGAACAUGGUGGAACCCGACGAGAAAGAUGCCUCGGGGAACACGGUCCCUUCCCGCGCCCUCCAUAUCGUCGGGCCCGAUCUGAAGAUAAAGCUGAGCUUCCUGUAUCCCGCCAGCACGGGCCGGAACAUGGACGAGGUGAUGAGGGUGGUGGAGUCGCUGCAGAGGGCGGCAAAGCACAAGGUGGCGACUCCGGCGAACUGGAAGCCGGGGGAUCCGGUGGUGAUAUCCCCCAGCGUGUCGAAUGAAGAAGCCAAGAAGAUGUUCCCUCAAGGUUAUGAGGCGCCGGACCUGCCGUCUGGGAAGGAUUACCUCCGCUUCACCCACGUCGACUGA